AUGAGUGCAAGACCCCACAAGAAAUCCGCCUCGCAGGAGGUAAGUGUUAUUGGUGGUUUCUUUGGGGGAGGUAUUGCUGCUUGUGGUGCAGUUACAAUAACCAACCCAAUUGAAGUUGUCAAAACUAGAAUGCAGCUUCAAGGAGAGCUAUCAGCAAAAAAUGCACAUGUUCCAAGGCCUUACAAGAACCCAAUUCAAGGUGUUCUGGUGGUGUAUAGAAAUGAAGGAAUAAAAGGAUGCCAGAGAGGGCUGGUUUCUGCAUGGAUUUACCAAUUGGGAUUGAAUGGAUGUCGUUUAGGAUUGUAUGAACCUAUUCGGAAUACUUUGAACCGAUUAAUGUAUCCAUCAAGAGACCCCCAUACAGUUCAAAACACAGCAAUUAAUGUAAUAUCUGGUGCUGUUUCUGGUGCUGCUGGUGCCACUGUUGGUUCUCCGCUAUUUCUGGUUAAGACUCGAAUGCAAUCUUACUCGAAUUCGAUACAAAUUGGCCAACAAACGCACUAUCGUGGUGUAUGGAAUGGUUUGAGUACUAUUUAUCGUCAGAGUGGAUUCAUGGGGCUUUUUCAGGGUGUAGAUGCAGCAAUCAUAAGGACAGCUGCCGGAUCUUCGGUACAACUUCCAAUUUAUAACUUUGCCAAACACGAACUUUUGAAGAAUCAAAUAAUGGAAGAGGGUACAGGAUUGCACCUUACUUCUUCCCUUUUUGCAGGAAUUGGAGUAUCCGUUGUUAUGAACCCCUGGGAUGUGAUCUUGACAAGGAUUUACAACCAAAAGACAAAGCUUUAUUCAGGACCAUUGGACUGUUUAAUCAAGAUAGUCAAAGUGGAAGGAAUUAUGGCUCUUUACAAAGGAUUUGAAGCCCAAAUACUCAGGGUGGCACCUCAUACAAUCUUGUGUUUGGUGUUCAUGGAACAGACUAUGAAACUGGUUAAAGGGGUAGAAAUGACUUUAUUCUCUGCGUUUUAG